AUGAUAAUGGCUGGCGAGUGCGGCAUCUCGUGCCCCGUCGACGGUGGCUACCUAUCCUACAGCCCUAGCAUUGCGGGCAACGCGAUCCUGCUGGCUCUAUUCUGCUUGCUUGUGCCCAUAACCUUAUACAUGGGCUACCUAUUCCGGACGCCAUACUUCUCUGCCGUCUUGGCAACGGGCCUCGCCUUCGACGUCGUGGGGUUUGCGGGGCGCGUGCUCCUUCACGGAGACAGAGCAAGCCAAACCUACUUUACCUUGUCGCUGCUCGGCACCGUUUUGGGUCCAACGCUCAUGACUGCGGCCGUUUUCAUCAUCUUGCCCCAUGUGCUCGUCGUCUAUGGCACCCACCUGAGUCCGUGCAGCCCUGCCAUUGCCGAGGCUGGCCUUUGUGGCCUGACUUGCGUGGCCCUGGUCAUCGAGCUGGUUGGCGUCUUGUUCGUGGCCUAUGGCUUCAAGGAUGUGCCUCGACCGCAGAGUGUCAGUAUCGUGGCGGGCGGCCUCGCCGUGCAGUCUAUCGCGUUGUUCGCGGCAUCUGUGCUGUAUUUCUGGUUCACAAUGAAGCUGAACUCAAGUCGGCGGGUUCCAGACGAGAGUUACGUUUGCGUGUACCUGUCAAACAGGUUUUGUCGAUUCCUGAGAGGCUUGGAAGUAUCUACGGCCCUUCUCCUGGCCUGCUCGGUCUAUCGCGUAAUAGAGAUGGCCGGCGGCAUAGAGGGAGACCUAUUCCAGAGCGAAAGGGCUUUCAUGGUGGUCAACGGCGCGGCCCCCCUCGUUGUCUGCAUUCUCCUCGCCGUGUUCCAUCCAGGCAUCGCGUACGGCUCGUCGUGGGACGAUACGUCACCUCGCAGGGCGAAGCAGCCGAUGCAUCUGCCGCUGCAAACCUCGCCAUUCACUCACAGAACGCAUUUUGCGUACGAGCCAAACAUACGACAACAGUUCCCGGCGCGAUCUCGCGGACCGAAUCGAAACUUGGACUCCCCUCACCAAGGCUCAGGCUCAGGCUCAGGCUCGGCGGGCCUUCCGGCCACACCGCGGCCAAGCCAUAAGCCUCCGAGCCCUCGGGCUCCCUCCCCGAGGUCGACAAUAGCGACGAGUAAGCGGCACAGUGGCAGGUCAGAACGUAAGAGCCAUGCGCAACCGGGUCUGGUGGAUAGCGAUAUGCUGUGGUAG